CAAUAGCUCUAGUUAUUUUAUUGUUUUACUUUUUAUUUACGUUAUAGGACUAAACCCGGAAACAGGUUAGCGGGCUUCCUAUGUAUGCCGCAAUAACAACGGGUUGAUUUGAUACGAUUUACAUGAUUUACGUACAUUUUCUUACGAAACGUACGAAACAUACGCUGGACGCGCGCCCUGUUGAAGCGCUAGCUUUUAUUGUGAAGGCGCCGUCGCCGGAAGUGCGGUACUCUGUUCCGAUUGUUGUGUGAGCUGAUGUUUGUGGCUGUGAUUGUGGGUGCGCUGAGCUGGUGUCGGUUCCGUUCGUUGACGCCCGUUUCGGCUCACCGUCGUGUGAAGGACCGCUGAAACCAUGGCCGCCCCAGCUCUCUCCAGUCGGGCCGGCUCGACGGGAAGCCUCGGGAACAGCCCCACCGCGGUCGUCGCCGCCGGCAGGCUGCCCCACGGCGGCGUCGGGCCGGAGUUGGACUUCCGGUCGGCGGCCCGCAUGGAGGACCUGAACCGGCUCAUCCAGGAGUUUAGCAAGCACGACCAGCGCGAGUACGACGACCAGCGGGCCUUGGAGAUACACACGGCCAAGGACUUCAUCUUCUCCAUGCUGGGAAUGGUCCAGAAGCUGGACCAGAAGCUGCCGGUGGCCAACGAGUACCUGUUGCUGUCGGGCGGCGUGCGCGAGGGCGUGGUGGACAUGGAUACGGACGAGCUGAGCGUGUACGCGCGCGGCGCCGACUACGACAUGGACUUCACGCUGCUGGUCCCGGCGCUCAAGCUGCACGACCGCAACCAGCCGGUCACGCUGGACAUGAGGCACUCGGCGCUGGGACAUUCCUGGCUCAGUCUGCGCCUCUUCGACGAGGGCACCAUCAGCAAGUGGAAGGACUGCUGCACGGUGGUGGAGCACAUCAGCGGAGCCGCAAACUACUUCUUCUCGCCCACGCUGGUGGCAGACUGGUUCUACCAGGCCGUCUCACUGGUGCUACUGGAGGUCCAAAAGAAGCCGCAGAGGGGCGUUCCCCGCGUGGAGAAGGUGGAGCGCAACGGCACCGUGGUGUCGGUCAUCUUGGGCGUGGGCAGCAGCCGAAUGCUCUACGACGUCGUGCCCGUAGUGUCCUUCAAGGGCUGGCCGGCCGUGGCGCAGAGCUGGCUGAUGGAGAACCACUUCUGGGACGGCAAGAUCACGGAGGAGGAAGUGAUCAGCGGCUUCUACCUGGUGCCCGCCUGCUCGCACAAGGGCCGGAGAGAGAACGAGUGGCGGCUGUCGUUCGCCCGCAGCGAGGUGCAGCUGAAGAAGUGCAUCUCGCCCGGCCUCAUGCAGGCCUACCAGGCGUGCAAGGCCAUCAUCGUCAAGCUGCUGUCGCGGCCCAAGGCGGUGAGCCCCUACCACCUGCGCAGCGUCAUGCUGUGGGCCUGCGACCGGCUGCCCGCCAACUACCUGGCGCAGGACGACUUCUCCGCCCACUUCCUGCUGGGCCUGAUAGACGACCUGCAGCACUGCCUGGUCAACAAGACCUGCCCCAACUAUUUCAUCCCGCAGUGCAACAUGCUGGAGCACCUGUCGGACGCCGCCGCCGUGCUGCACGCACGCAAGCUCUCGUCGGUGCGCUCCGACCCGGCCGAGCACCUGCGCACCACCAUCGAGCACGCCAAGGCCGCCAACAGGCUGACGGUGGAGCUGCAGUGGCGCGGCAGCACCGGCAACCUGCCGUCGCCGCAGUCGGACGCCGGCGGAGAGAACCAGCCGGACGACCGCCUGGCCAAGAAGCUCCAGCAGCUGGUCACGGAGAACCCCGGGAAGUCCAUUUCGGUCUUCAUCAACCCGGACGAUGUCACGCGGCCGCACUUCCGCAUCGACGACAAGUUCUUCUAAACCCCCCCACCCCACCACAGUUUUUGUUGUUGUUGUUGUUGUUCCUCUGCCACACUGUCAAUCAGGUGUUUAUUUUCUAGUGUUCUUAGUUGUCCUUCCUCACUGUGUUCUUACCUACUGGAGGCCUUCAGACUGACAUUUGUAAAGCCACCCGCAGGAAUCCACCCGGACAGUUCCACGUGAACAUCUGCUGAGCUGUCAGGCUGAAAGAAUUCACCUGUCGGAAUCCUCAAACAGAAAAUGCACCAGGAAAAAUCGACUCCGAGUCGUCCACCCGCAGAAACGGAUCCGGAGUCAUCUACCCGCAGACGAAGAAUCCACCUGCAGAAGUCCUUCAAAGAAAUCCACCUGGAGAAAUCGGCCUGUCGUCGUCGUUCGGCGACAUCUCAUAUAAUCAUCUUGUAGGAAAAUAGUGCUGUUGUUGUUUUUGUUUAGUGCGGCCUUACUCUACGUCGGGGGGGGGGGGGGAAGCUUAUCUUCUACUUCACAAUGUGCACCGAAAAACGUAGAGCAUUCAUUCGAUAAGGUCGAAAGGAAAAAUCUUCUCAAACUUGGUAUGAUUUCCGAGUGCGUUUUUCUCCCAAAGAAAUCUUGUAUUGAUUGUUACAAACCGAAUGUGAACUCACUUAUCAUUUUCAAACCACAAUGUGCGAAUGUGCGUUUUUGACUCCACGUAUGGUAGCAGUGUGACAAAUUUGUAACUUUUGGCUUUCUUUUCAAACAGCGGCCAGAUUGUCACCGUGAAGCUUUUUUCGCCGUUCCGUUGUCCAUUUUGGUAAAAAAAAAAAAAAACAAGAAACCGUGCAAAUCAUCCUGACUACUACUUAUCAUCUGACUCUUUUAAGUUUGCACCGAAUGUAAAAAGCACCAAUCGCACUCCUUUUGAUUGUAGUCGCACACUAGUGCGAAAUACGCUACUUUGUGUGUGUGUGUGUGUGUGAGCGAGCGUGCUAGCGUAUGCAUGCUAAGUGUGUUUGCACGUGUGUGAUAGCGUGUAUGUGUGCGUCUUGCGUUAGCCUGUUAGCCCGGGUGUUUCGUGUGCGUGAGCAUGGGUGAGUAUGUUAGCGUGUCUGUGUGUUAGAGAGGGCAUUUUUUCAAAUCAAUCAUGAAAUACAAAAUAGCAACACUUGCAAGAAGCUGCUGUAGUCCACAACUCACACCCAGAUGCUCACACACAUUAACUGGAUUUGUUCCUGAUGUCACUCACAAGGCCACGCCCAUUAAAAGCACACACGCAACACCAUUUUUUUUGGGGGGGGGGGGGCGGGGAUUUAUUGACAUGGUCUUUAAUUAUGUUUUAAUACGAUACUGUGCUGUUUUUGUUCAUUAAAAGCGUAAUAAUUUAAAUCAAGGUACCACUAUUCAAGAUGCUUUCAUCUAGGAAAAGAAUCUAUCGUUAUAUCACACCACCACCUAGUGGCCUGGCAUGCACAUUCCACUUUUCUUUUUUUUUUGCGUGUGAAACUUUUUUUAAAGCUGUCUCCCGGUUUCACGCGCACGGUAACGGCGGCAGGAUUGGUCUUUUAUGCAAACUCCGGAGCUCAGCUCAGAUUGUACGCCCGAUCCUCGGUUUUACCGCCACGUCUCGUACCCGCUGCCCGCCGGCACUCAGGAUUGCAAAUCUGCUGCAUCGUGAACGAAUGUUCCCGUUACACGACGUGCACGCAUCUCUCAUUUGUUUUCUGCUGUUUUUGUGUUGCACUGCUGCAGCUAUGGAUCACUCUUUUUUUUUUUUUUCAUGUUUAAUGUAUUUUGCUCCAAAAUGACAUAUCUGCUGUACAUUGUGGACUUUGUAAAUUCACUUUUGUUGAGCCUCAACGAUCUGA